CCGGCGGUGUCCGGUGCCGUCGUCCAGCUCGAGCUCCUCCGGUGUGUCAGUGAUGAUGAAGAGGAGAUGAAGAGGUGAUGAAGAGGUGAUGAAGAGGAGAAACCCCGGCGGCUGCUCCUCACUCCUCAGCUAGCCUCCCAGGAGGCGUGUCCCAAUGCCAUGGCGUCCAGCCACGGCUCCUCCUCAGUGCCUGGUCCCGGUGGGAGAGGUCGAGAUGGAAUCUACCACAAGGAGAGGGAUCGCUCGCCGUCCCGCCGGCGGCCGCUCCGCCCGCUGCCCGACGUCUGCCCCAAGGAACCCAGCGGUGAGGGGCGGGGCCUGUGCGAAGGCCCAUCGGUGGUGGCGGAGCACGACAGGUGGACGGUGUACAGCUCGAAGGUUAACCUCCCCGCCGCGCUGAACGACCCCCGGCUCGCCAAGCGGGAGUCCGACUUCUUCACCAAGUCCUGGGGCCUUGACUUUGCAGAAACGGAGGUGAUGCCCUCCUUCUACCUCCCCAACAUCACCAGGGAACACUUCGGCCCGUACCUGCAGGAGACGGCUCAGAGGGAAAAAAUCCACGAGCGCUGCAGGACGAUCUGUCCCAACAAGGACGACGUGGACGCCGCCUCCAGUAUCACCAGCAACCAUGAAAAGUCCAGAGCGGAGCUGGAACAAGUCCCAAAGAUCUUCAUGAAGCCAGAUUUCGCUCUGGAGGACCCGGGGGUCUUCGGCGCCGUCCUGCCCUGGUCGCACUUCACCAGUGCCGGAGGGAAGAGCAGCAGAGACGUGGCCUCCUCCAAACUGCUGCAGGAGAAGCUGAGUCACUACCUGGAUGUGGUGGAGGUGAGCAUCGCCCGACAGAUCUCCCUGCGCUCGGACGCCUUUUUUCACGCCAUGUCCUCGCAGCACGAGCUGCAGGACCAGCUGCAGGAGACCCAGAGGGCCGUUGCCAUCCUGCGGGGUCGAACCGCUGCCAUGGAUCGCAUCAUGUGCCAGGGGCCGCUGGAGGCCCUCCGCGCCGCUUUGACCCGCAACAACUGCGUGAAGCUGCACAACAAGAUGAAGCUGAUGGCGGCAGUGCAUCAGACGCAGCCCACGGUGCAGCUGCUGCUCUCCACCUCCGAGUUUGUCGGAGCGCUGGAGCUCAUCGCCACCACCAAGGAGGUCCUACAGCAGGAGCUGCAGGGAAUCCACAGCUUCAGACAUCUGGGCUCCCAGCUGUGUGAGCUGGAGAAGCUGAUUGAUAAGAUGAUGGUGGAGGACUUCAGCAUGUACGCACGCAGCGACCUGAGCCGCAGCCUGAGGGACGAGCCGCAGCUGCUGGAGAAGGUUCAAAAACCAAACGCUGACUCCCUGAAGGACCGUCUGGGCUCGCUGGUGUUCGGUCUCCUGAGACAGAGGAAGCUGGACUUUCUGGACAUUUACAGCGACGAGAUGAUCUUAGCAGCGAAGUCCAUCGUCGCUCAGUGUGUGGCAGAAAGUAUUUUCAACAUCGAAGACAUCGACACUGAAGUCGUCACUAGGCUAUUGGAGCAGAUGCGUCUGAUGACGUUCCCUCAGUGGUUUGAGCUGCUGAAAACCGUCUUUGAUAGUUUCCUUCUGUUCCUUCAGAGAAUCAAGGCGACUCUGAGCGUGAUGAGAAACGUGGUUCAGGAGGUUCUGGACUCAAACCAGAAGAGCCGGCUCCUGGAGGAGGCGAGUUCCAGUACCGAGGCUCAGGAAUCUCCCCAAGGCCCGUCGCUCCUGCAGGGGGGGGCGGAGCUAGCCUACCUCACCCACGAGGGUCUGUUCAUCAGCGACGCCCUUCACGAGGCCCAGCAGCAGCAGGCGGCAGCGCCCCAGGAUCAGAGCUCGGGGAUCCAGCAGGGCCGGGCGGAGGCAGCCGAGGCCUCAGAGAGCUUGGUCUGCCGGGAGCAGAGCCUCAUGUCCGGUGAGAACGUGAUGCCCACCGAGCUGGAGAUGAACCGUGUGAUCAACAACAUCCAGGAGCUGCUCCACACGGCGUCCGACAUCAGCCACGACCGCUGCGUCAAACUCCUCACGGCCAGAGCCAAGGAUGGCUCCCUGGAGCGUCUGAGCUCGGCAGAGUUUGUGUGUCUGUCUCAGGCGGUGGAGGCUUUCGUCCGGGACACGGAGGAGCUGUGCGGCAGGCGCAGUGUGUCCCUGCGGGGGGCGCUACAGAGCCAGGCCAACCGCUUCGUCCACCGCUUCCACGAAGAGCGCAAGACCAAACUGAGCCUCCUCCUGGACAACGAGCGCUGGAAGCAGGCGGAGGUUCCCGCCGAGUUUCAAGAUCUCGUCAACUCCAUCGCCGACGGCAGAAUAUCACUACCAGACCGCAAAACCCCAGGUCCGAACGACAGGAAACCCGCUGACUUCCUGCUCGUCAAUGGGCAGAAAUACGCUGUUGUUGGGACGGUUCUGCUGCUGAUCCGGAUCUUUCUGGAAUACUGUCAGUGUGUCAACGACAUCCCGUCCAUCACCACCGACAUGCUGACGCGUCUGUCCGACCUCCUCAAGCACUUUAACUCUCGGAGCUGUCAGCUGGUUCUGGGAGCCGGAGCGCUGCAGGUCGUCGGCCUCAAGACCAUCACCACCAAAAACCUGGCCUUAGCUUCCCGCUGCCUGCAGCUGGUGGUUCUCUACAUUCCCAUCAUCAGAACUCACUUCCAGACCAAACUGCAGCCCAAACAGUUCAGCGUCCUCAGACACUUCGACCACAUCACCAAGGACUACAACGAUCACAUCUCAGAGAUCUCAGCCAAACUGGUGGCCAUCAUGGACAGUCUGUUUGAGAAGGUUUUAUCCAAGUAUGAAGUCAAAGCCCCGAUGCCCUCAGCCUGUUUCAGAAACGUCUGUAAACAGAUGGCGAAGAUGCACGAAGCCAUCAGUGAACUUCUCCCUGAAGACCAGACUCAGAUGUUGUUCCUGAGGAUUAAUGCCAGUAUUAAAAUGCACCUGAAGAAACAACUGUCUCGACUCGGGGUCAUUAAUGAUGGAGGACCACAGCACGGGUUGGUGGUCGUGGACGUCGCCUUCUUCACGGAGAACGUUCAGGCCCUGAAGAGCCUGGAGCGGCUGGACCUGAACAUGGCUGAGAUCUGGGAGCAGAAGAGGUGAUGGAGGAUGGAGACGUCCAGGAUCCAACCCACUACCCCACCGGAGAAGAACCAGGGACCAAAAAACACAAAACUGGAGAAGGAGCCUCCUGAGCGGCUCCACCGCAAAACGCUGAAUGAUCCAUCACACGGAGCCGAGGAGCCGCUGCUGCCUCAUCGCACUCAACUGAACACUAGUAAAUUAUGAGACGUUUCGGGAGCGCCGGGGGAAAUGGAGGGUAAUUUAUUCUUUGAAAACAUUCAAUACUGUGGCAGUUUUUCUGCUGCAACGCUGGAGCUGAAGAGAUCAUUUCAUCGUGUUCUGGGUUUGAGGGAACGGAACAAUCUGAAAGAAUCCACGAGGUUCUCCAGACGUUCUCCAGACGUUCUCCAGACGUUCUCCAGACGUUCUCCAGACGUUCUCCAGUCGCUGUGGUGAAAACUGAAAACCUGCGGAUGUAAAGGAUUCUUUCAUUUUUAUACUUGAGACAAAUUAUUUUCUGGACUUUGUGUCUUUGAGGUCUGAAGGAAGCUCAACAGAGUUUAGUGAAAAGGUGAAAUUAAAGAAUUAAAUUCAGAUAAACGAGAUUCAAACUGUGAAAGAAUCAAAACCCUCAGCUACUUCCUGUCGUUACCAAAGUAAAAUGGAUUUUAAUUUGGGAAUGUAACUCUUUAAUUUCAUUUUUUCCUCUUUAAACAAAUCUUGCGUGGUGAUUCAGAGACGGUGAAGUUUAUUUUUUUUUUAUGAAUGUAGAAGAACAUGAAGCAUGAAUCUCAGCUGUCGACUCAAACUACUGUUGAUCUUCUCCCUCCUGCUGUUAUUGAACCUUCAUGAGCUUUUUGUUUCCUCACAAAUGACAGAACAGAAAAUCCGAUUUUAUUGUCUAAACGGAAUUUCCCUCUGGAAAUCUGCUGAAACCUAAAUGAUUAAAUGAACAUCUCCAUGAACCAGACGGUUUCCUCUGACGUGACAUGGAGGCGGGGCUGCGUUCAGCUUCCCGCUCCAGGUUCUCGUGGUCGACGCCGCUCAGGUUUCGCUGCUUUUUCUCACGUCACCGGAUAACAAACUAAGUGCAAACAUGGAGACGCUCUGUUCUUUCACAUCUGAUGGAACGAUCAUCGUAGACGUCAGAAUUGAUUUCAAGUCGUCAAAUGAUAGUUGUGUUGAUUGGACUUCCCUCUGAGGUUAAACACAGGAACGCCGAUGAUGCGUCGCUAACGAAAAGAAACGGAUCUGAUUUCCUGUUCCUGAGUGAAGUUUGAACUGAAACCAAAAGUCUGUUGAACUGCGGCCUCAUCACCUCGACCCAGCUUUACUUUAAUGAUCCUUCUGUCGUGUAGAAAGUUAAACGUGAAGAGAUGUGGUCGCUGCUCAGACUCCUGGUGAGGUCAUCGGGAUGUGACGCAGCUUCAGACUCAAGCUGAGAAACAAAAAGCAUCAAAUGUUCAGAAGUGCCUCCUGUCUGAGCUCCUCACUACAGUGUGCCUACCAUACCACUGUGUGUGUCUGUGUGUGUGUGUGUGAGAGAGAGAGAGAGAAUGUGUGUGUCAGCACGUCUGAGAACCCAAAAUGUCUUGAAUAAAACAGGAUAACGGAG